AUGAGAUCAAUCGUUUUAAUUGCUUUUAUCGCUGCCUUGUGUGCAGUAGUUUGUAUCGAAGGCUUUGCUAUCAAACCAACAAUUACCAUCAAGAAGAUUAGCGACGAUACCAAGAGUCCAAUCAAUGAUGCUCUGUGUCCAACCUGUGUUGAUUUGUUGGAUUUUGGUUUGGCUGAUUUGAUGGCUGCUCUUGAUGCUGGAACUGUCUAUUCAUGUUUAUCCUUGUGUAAUUAUGUCUCUCCGUUGGGACCAUACGCAGUCGAAGGAUGUGAUGUCAUUUGUACAGCAAUUGGUGUCAAUGCAUUCAUUGAUGUCAUCAAGAAGGCUGAUUUAGAUCCAAUUUAUGGUUGUCAAUUGGCCAAGAUUUGUCCAAUCCAUGACUGUACUGCCAAAGUUUGUGCACUUGUUGAUACAGUUGGUGUUGUCCCAUCAAGUGGCCCAGCAGGUGGCAAAUAUUCAUUCUAUUCCAGAUUGAAUGUUUUGAAUGAAAGUGGACCAGGUGAAGUUACUUUGGAAGUUACUGGAACAUCAAUUGCAAAGAAUCAAGUAGUUUAUCGUUAUUAUCAAGCCAGUGGUUUUAAACCAGGUGUUUAUGGAAUUAAAUUCCAAAUUGAUACAAGUGGAGAUGAUGGACAGGAUUGGUUCCCAGGUGCAUAUCAUGCUAAGGUUAAUGUAUGUGAAGGAGAAUGUGGAUCAUGGAUUAAGAGACCACAUACCAGAUUGUUGGCUUCAGGAGUUGCAAACUUUACAAUCACUGGUUAA